AUGCCAACAGACACAGACUAUACCAUUCUCCUCACAGUGACAACCACUUCCACCUUGGACUCUUCAUCUUUGCGUGGUGGACACAAGACGGUUAUCACGAUACCAAAUGUUACAACAGCCACCCUCACAGUUGCUCCGUCGAGUCAAACACCCAAAUUAAGUACAACCUCAGACACAGAAGAUGAAGCUUCGCUGACUCAAAAGCUGCAAAUUACUACCAAGUCGUCUUCCAACUCAAGAGCUUCCGUAACCACUCAUCAUAGCCUGGCAUCUACUAUCGGACUCUCUGGAAACUCAAAAGCGUCUAAUUCCUUACGGGACGACAACCUGUUGAAAUUGGGACUUUCAGUUGGUUUGCCAAUUGCAAUUAUCUCGUUGUUCGUUGUGGGAAUUUUGGGCUGGUACUAUAUAACCCGCCGAAAUGCAAGAAAGGGUCUUACUCUCCAACAACGUGAUGGCGAAUUUAUCACGUUUAACGGCUCAGAGCUCAAGCGUGAAGACUCAGAAACCACCAGAGUUCACGAUGAAAAUGUGUCUAAACGAAAAUCCGUGCGGGCUGUUUUUGACCGUGUUGGUAGAUCUAUUCGAGACAGUGCCUUAUUUCCCAUCAAUGGACGAAGUGAUAAACUGGCUGGUGUCUCUCCCUUCAUUUUGAGACGGUUCAAUUUGAAAACAGAACUUGAAAAACCACUACCGAAAGUGCCUUCUGCUCAAGACAGUCUUCCAGAUAUGGAGCAAGCAGUGCCCAAAUUAGACCCUAAGACGUUCACUUCAACCGCACGAUUGGUUCAAAGACCAUACAACAAAAAACUUUUUGACGAAUUGACUAUAGAAGUUGGUGAUGUUGUGCGCCUCAUUAAAGAGCAUACCGAUGGAUGGAGUUUUGUACAGAUGGUGAUGCCGGCAAAUUCGAGGUCUGGGGGAACCAACAAGGAGGGAAUGGUACCUACUAUGUGUCUUAAUGCACUACAUUGA